AUGAGUGAGGCAAGGCAGCGUUGGGCUGAUGGUAGGUGGGUCUUUUCACUUAUUUCUCUCUUUUGUUUGCUCCAUCUCUGUGUGUCUGUGUCUUUCUCUUAUCCCCUGUGGUGUUAGUAGAAGUUGCCCCCAACAUCUGGCCCAGGGUCAAGUCACUGUGGCAGGUAGCUUAGUGGUUAAGAGCGUUGUGCCAGUAACCGAAAGGUCGCUGGUUCUAAUCCCUGAGCCGACUAGGUGAAAAAUCUGUCGAUGUGCCCUUGAGCAAGGCACUUAACCCUAAUUGCUCCUGUAAGUCGCUCUGGAUAAGAGCGUCUGCUAAAUGACUAAAAUGUAAAUGUAAGUCGAGGGGCAACUUCAAGCAUUAUCUGUUUUAGAGCAUCUUCUUCCUGUGUGCUUCCUCUUGUCCGUCCCUUGUUUCCAACCCCUUAAAUCCCAUUUCCUCUCUUUCUGUGGUAGACUACUAGACAAGCAUUAUCUUUGAGCUGAUUGGAUGCAUGCCCCGUUGUGGACUCCCAUUGGUCGCCGCUGAACUUUGACCUCUCCUGUCUCACCCCAGAACCCAGAAACACACACCCUACUCUACUCUACUCCCCUAUCCUACCCCCAUUCCCCUGUCUAUGAGAGUGCUGCACCCUCGUAUGCAGCGAGGGGGUAGUGAGAGGCACCUAAGGGGGUCGGGGGGUAGAGGAGGGGCGCAGGACUCAGGCCUCAAGAGGCGUUCCUCUCACUCAGACCACCACGCCCCCUCCAAAAUUACCCAGAAUGCCCGGGAGAGCAAGGGCGUCCUGGGCCAGGGUCUGAAGCAGCUGUUCCAGCAGCAACGCAGACGCCUGUCCCUCGCUCGCUCUACCCUAGCCUCCUCCUCUUCCUCCUCUGCAUCCUCCUCUUCCUCAUCCUCGGCGAUCUCAGUGGGUAGCCCCUCUCGCUACCCCCCCGAGGACUACCUCACCCCCCUCCUAGCCCCCUUCGCCUGUCCUGACUCUGACCCCCCCUCUGGUGGUCUCCUUGCCCCCCCAGCUGGUCAGAGUGCCGGCCCUGUGGGCACAAUGCGGCGUGGGACCAUCCUGCAGAGCCGGCACCGUGGGGGGAACGGGACAGGGGCAGGGGCAGGGGGAGGAGACCGGGACCCACCUCUGAGAGGCAGCCCUCAGGCCUCCCACCGCCACUCUACCUAUGAUGCACAGAAGCAUUCUGACCGCUUGCGCUCCUCCUCCACCACGGACAACACCAUGCCAAGUAGCCCCUCCCCUGGCUACCACCCUGGAUACGCAAAGUCAGGCGAUGUGGUGCUGUUGUCAGGAUACCAGUCCAUGGAGGAGACAGAUAAGGUGAGCAAUGUCAGCUGUCAAUCAUAUUAGGGUCUUUGGUUUGUGGUCAUGCUUUGUCUGGUAAUGGAUGUAAUACAAUCCUGUCCUUCUCAGGUGUUCUACAUCAUCCAACAGGCCUGCUCUUAAAUAUUGAGGAGGCUUAAAGUCAGAUGAACUCGUGGAUACCAUUUUUGUGUCUCUGUGUCCAGUAUGAAGGAAGUUAAAGGUAGUUUCGCGAGCCAAUGCUAACUAGUGUUAGCGCAUUGACUGGAGGUUUAUGGGGAUCUGCAAGAGUAUGACACGUGAUGCCAUGUGCGUGUAAUAAUGUUUCUGUCCUGUAAUGCUAAAGGCUCCUGAGCAGAGGCAGUGCUAAUCCAGGCUCAGGUCAGAGGUACACACACACACACACACACACACACAUACACACACACACACGUCUACUCAGAUCAGUCAGAAACUGGUAUUCCGGAGCCCCGGCUGCCCAAAGAGUGUCCUAAAUACGUCUGGAGCGACGCAUCUGUCUGGUAUGCAUUAUCCUGGCAAGAAAGCCAAACACCCCUCUCAGGAUGUUUGAGAAUGGUAUGUUCCACUGUAAUUGCUGACUGUCAUGCAGUCAACAGACACUGUCUCUUAGAUCGGACUACUCUGCUGCGCAUGGCUUCUCAUAUUAUCAGUAAUUUUUUACAUGAUAUGAGACGUGUGAAGAUGAAUUAUCCACUGGAGGAAGAACUAGUGCUGAAUGUUCUAAAUGCGUGACAUUUUGUCAUAUCAUGAAGAUAAAUUGGAUUUUAACAGUAAAGUAGAAACCCUGUCUAUCAACAUAAUGUAUCAAGAAGAGCUCCUUGUGUUGUAGGAGCACAGAGAUUUUAUGAGAAUUCAUGUCAUUUUUUGAAAAUUGGAAAUGCUUGACAUGCUACAUCACGCAAGAUGUGGAGGUUAUUUUUCUGCAUCCAUGUGUAUGUGUGUUGUUCUGGGUUCAGAAUGUACAGUAUGUGUGCUUGACCUCUCAAGAGAGGAGAUGUUUGUCCGUCUGUGGUAAGAUAGGUCAGAGGACCUCUCAGGUUUUGCAUUGAGAGGUCAAUAUGUUGGACAGCUGUACCAGACACUGCUAUAACCUCACAUACACGCACGCACAAACAAACAACACAUUCACAUGCACGCACACACACACACACACACCCACCCAGAGACACAGCCUGCUGGACAGUGUGUAACAAUAAGCCACUUGUGUCUGAAAGGACAGAGCUCUUUAACAAAGGAAGGCUGACAAAGAGGAAGUGCAUACAGUAUUCUCCUGCUCAUCUAGUGUGCUAUGUUCUUUUUAUACCCUCUGGUAAAGGAGCCUCUCACUACAGUAGGUGUGAACUGUGUUCAUUUGUGUUCACUUGACUUUAUCUAACAUCUGUAUUUAGUUUGGAUGCCAGCCUAUUUUGUCAUUCAACAACACUACUACCUCUUGUUGCCAAGAUAGACGUUGGCUGAAAAGGAAACAGACUGGCCCCGGUGAGAGAAUAUUGAUUUUCAGCCUUGUUCUCCUCUGACUCAGAGUACAGUAUAGCUUUACACAGGAUAGCUAUAGCCAAACCAGUAUGUAAAUGCCUGAUGUUUGUCCUGACUGCCACAAGAUGGCGGUGUCAUAUCAGAUAAUGGCUGUAGUCUGAUGUGUGUGUGUGUGCGUGUGCGUGUGCGUGCAUGUGUGUAUACAUAGCUAUUUUAAUUGAGAGAGAAUAACGUUUGGACCUCCUCAAAUACCAUUAUUUAUUAUUAAGUAACUGGUUCCACAGCCUUUCUUAGUUUACUCAACAUUUCGAUCAAAGUGUUACCUGAAUUUAAACAUUUUAGUUGGCCCAAACUUAGCUCCAACUUGAGAAAACUAAGGCAAGAAUUCAGUCAACUUAAAAUGAUGUGUUUGCUCUACUUGUCUCAUACAAAUUGCAAGAACAGAUCACUCUGGUGUCAUAUGUUAACAGAAUGUGCAAUUUAGCCUAUUAAACACAAAAAGUGAGAAUUAGGCACACAAAAAGUGUUUCAAUUGAGAAUGAGGCAGGUCUGAUGCCGAAAAUGAAAGGAAAUGAUUGCCUACUUCGACCAUAUUACAUUUUUGCAAAAACAAUAGUGUGUAGUUCCAGUGGUUACAAAAGUUAUUAAUUACUGAAAACACUUCAGAGAUUUGAAUUUGGUUCAACUACCACUAAGGUAGUGCAAAAUGUAAUUAAAGUACUUGUUGAAUUACAUGUAGUUCACUACUCCCCAACACUGUAAUUGACACAGACAUGGUGGCAUAGAAUGAAGAUCGGAACACCAUGAACCAAAAGGUUGUGAGUUCAAAUCCCAGAUGAGUACAUGUUGAAUAAUAAUUACUGUAUAAAUGAACAUGCACAAUGUGUGUCAAAUAUGUAUGUUGAAAACAUUGUAUGUCAAAAGCACCAUUUGUGUAACUAGUUCCACAGCCUUUUUUAGUGAAGCUGCCCAAAUAAUUUCUAGAUGAAUGAACAUAUCAUUUUAAAAUGAUGGAAUUUUUGCCUAAGUUUUCUCAAGUUGGAGCUAAGUUUGGGCCAAAAAUGUUUUAAGUUCAGGUAAAACUUUCACCAAAAAGUUGAAUAAACUAAAAAAGGCUGUGGAACUAGUUACUUAAUAAUAAUUAGUUGAAACUAGAUUUAUUUUACAGUGUGUGUGUGUUAGUAAUACUGUAAUAGAGAGGCCAGUACUGAUGAAUAGGUCUAUAUUUCUAGCUAAUAUCCAACCAACAUGUGUGUUACAGUACAGCAGGCUGAAUAGACUCCCGUUGGCCUGGCUGUGCAUUACUGUGUCAUUACUGCUGGAAUAGAGAGAUCAUUAGUCUCUUUCUCCUCACUGCAUAUUAUGUAUGUGUGAUACACUCUGUUGGUAACUCGCACACAUGCACAGAUGCACGCACAGAUGCACGCACACACACACACACACACACACACACACACACACACACACACACACACACACACACAGAGCCGUGUCUCAGCCAAUGCAGCAAUGUCAUUCAGGUCAUCUGAGCGGUCUUCGUGACAACCCUCAGGCUCAAAGUGAGCUGGCUGAAGCGACGCCCUACUGUAGUUUCCAUGGUAAUGGCAAGGAUGACCUUGGCAGAGUCUAACCCCCCCCCCCCACCCCCCGUGGUUGGAAAGGGUCAGAGGUCAUGCUGUUGAAGAUAUUUGAAGAGGCUUGAGCAGUGAAAUGUGUGUGUGUGUGUGUGUUUGAGAUUCCACGUUGCCAUACCCUACCCAAAUGCUACCGCUCUCGAUCUCUCUAUGACCCACUAUCUUUCUUUUGCCUUCCUCCCCUCCUCUCUCAUUUUCUGUCUCAUAUUCUACCCCUCCCUCUCUUGCUUCCUCAUCCUCUGUCGUCUUCUUUCACCCUCUCUCUCUCUCGCUCAAUUCAAUUGAAAGGGCUUUAUUGGCAUGGGAAACAUAUGUUUACAUUGCCAAAGCAAGUGAAAUAGAUAAUAAACAAAAGUGAACAUUACACUCACAAAGGUUUCAGAGGAAUAGAGACAUUUCAAAUGUCAUAUUAUGGCUAAGUACAGUGUUAUAAUGAUGUGCAAAUAGUUAAAGUACAAAGGGGAAAAUAAAUAAAAAUAAAUAUGGGUUGUCUUCACUGGUUGCCCUUUUCUUGUGGCAACAGGUCACAAAUAUUGCUGCUGUGAUGGCACACUGUGGUAUUUCACACAACAGAUAUGGGUGUCACACCCUGAUCUGUUUCACCUGUCUUUGUGCUUGUCUCCACCCCCCUCCAGGUGUCGCCCAUCUUCCCAAUUAUCCCCUGUGUAUUUAUACCUCUGUUUGUCUGUUGCCAGCUCAUCUUGUCUCGUCAAGCCUACCAGCGUUUUUCACGUACUCCUGUUUUGCUCUAGCCCCUGUUUUACAGUUUUUCCCAGUUUUGACCAUUCUGCCUGUCCUGACCCUGAUCCUGCCUGCCGUUCUGUACCUUGUGACACUGUUCUGGAUUACUGACCUCUGCCUGCCCCGAACCCGAGCCUGCCUGCCGUUUCUGUACCUUUCAGACUCUGCUCUGGAUUACUGACCUCUGCCUGCCCUUGACCUGUGGUUUGCCUGCCCCCUGUUUUUGUAAAUAAACCUUUGCUAUUUCGAACUUUCUGCAUCUGGGUCUUAUCCAGAGUCGUGAUAGAAUGAACUGGCCAUGACUGACCCAGCAGACUCGGACCAGCUCCGCAACGCUGUCUCCUCCCAGGGAGCCACCAUUGGAAGACACAAGGAGUUACUUCAAGGUCUUAUGGAAGGAUUCCAUACCUUGGUGGAACGCCAGGACCGUUCCUUCAACACAUUGCUGGAGCAAUUCCGCAGAUUGUCUGUGAGGCAGCCUGCCACUACAGUAACCCCCCAGACUGUCAAUUACCCCGCUACCUGCGGCGUUUCUCCCCAAUCUACCCCGGCUUCCCAAGAACCCUGCUUACCUCCUCCGGAGCGCUACACUUGAGAUACCGGAUCCUGCCGGGCGUUUCUCUCCCAGUGUUCUCUCAUCUUUGAGCUGCAGCCCUCUUCAUUUCCCUCAGAUCGUUCGAGGAUAGCGUACGUGAUAAUGCUGAUGUCCAGGAGGGCUCUUGCCCAGCCAAGGCGGUAUGGGAGCGACAAUCUACCGUUUGUCUGAAAUUGGAGGAGUUUGUGGCGGAGGUACGUAAAGUGUUUGAUUCUCCGUUGUCCGGGAGAGAGGCGGCUCAUAAGCUGCUCCAACUCAAAUCAAAUCAAAUCAAAUUUUAUUGGUCACAUGCGCCGAAUACAACAGGUGCAGACAUUGCAGUGAAAUGCUUACUUACAGCCCUUAACCAACAGUGCAUUUAUUUUAAACAAAAAAAGUAAGAAUAAAACGACAACAACAAAAAAGUGUUGAGAAAAAAAGAGCAGAAGUAAAAUAAAGUGACAGUAGGGAGGCUAUAUAUACAGUAAAAUAAAGUGACAGUAGGGAGGCUAUAUAUACAGGGGGGUACCGUUGCAGAGUCAAUGUGCGGGGGCACCGGCUAGUUGAGGUAGUUGAGGUAAUAUGUACAUGUGGGUAGAGUUAAAGUGACUAUGCAUAAAUACUUAACAGAGUAGCAGCAGCGUAAAAAGGAUGGGGUGGGGGGGCAGUGCAAAUAGUCCGGGUAGCCAUGAUUAGCUGUUCAGGAGUCUUAUGGCUUGGGGGUAGAAGCUGUUGAGAAGUCUUUUGGACCUAGACUUGGCACUCCGGUACCGCUUGCCGUGCGGUAGCAGAGAGAACAGUCUAUGACUAGGGUGGCUGGAGUCUUUGACAAUUUUGAGGAUUCCCGUAGUGUGGCAGACUACGCGGUGGAUUUUUGCACGUUGGCGGCUGAGAGUGCCUGGAACCCAGAAGCCCUGUUCGACGCAUUCCUUCACGGAUUAUCGGAGGUGAUUAAAGACGAGCUUGCAAGCCGGGAGCUGCCCCUGGACCUCGACUCCCUCAUAGCCUUGACCAUCUGGAUUGAUGGGCGGCUACGGGAACGUAGGAGGGAGAGGGAGUUUGUUCCCUGUCGCCGACUCUCGUCCUCGAUUUCCACCUUGCCUCUGAGCAAUCCUGGGACAUUUUUUAUCUACCUGCCCAUUAAAGAACCAGGCUCAUCAAGUAGGUACUAGUACGCUGGUGAGCUGUACGGGGAGUUUCUGUCACACCCUGGCUAAUGGACUCUAGUUAUUGAGCCAGAGUGGGUUUGUUCUAUGUGGUGUAUAUCUAUGUUGGGGGUUCUAGUUUGUCUGUUUCUAUGUUUGCCUGAGUGACUCCCAAUCAGAGGCAACGAGUGUCAGCUGUUUGGCUGGUUGUCUCUGAUUGGGAGCCAUAUUUAACUGUCUGUGUUUCACUUUGUGUUUGUGGGUUUUUGUUCCUUGUCGGUCUUUGUCACCGUGGACUUCACGAGUCGUUUAUUGUUUUGGUUUUGUGCUUUAAUAUAAUAAAGUAUCAUGUUCGCUCAACACGCUGCGCAAUGGUCUACUUCGCGUCAAGACGAUCGUGACAGAAAAACCCACCAACACAGGACCAAGCAGCGUGUCCAGGAACAGGCAGCCUGGACGUGGGAGCAGCGUCGGACGGUCGAGAGGCAACCCCAAAAAUCUUUUAGGGGGGGGCACACGGCAGGGGCGACUGGGCAGCAGGAGGCUGCCACAGGGCGAUUAGGUGAGGAGGCCACCAGGUUAAGGGGGCUACUGGCGCAGAGGGAGCAGGAGUUAGUGUUGCAGAGGAUGGAGCUAUUGGAGGCGAUUAGGGAAAGGGUGAGAAAUGAGGCACGGCGAGAGGAACUCGGUAGACAGCUGAGGGAGCGGAGGGUUAUGAUGAAACCCAGUCCCGCUCCUCACACCAAGCAAGUGGUGUGCGUCACCAGUCCGGUCCGGCCCGUUCCUGCUUCCCGCACUAAGUGUACGGUGCACGUCGCCAGCCCAGCCCAGCCUGUUCCUGCCCCUCGCACCAAGCCUACGGUGUGCGUCGCCAGACCAGUCCGGCCUGUCCCUGCUCCACGCACCAAGCCUACGGUGUGCGUCGCCAGCCCAGCCCGGCCUGUUCCUGCUCCACGCACCAAGCCUACGGUGUGCGUCGCCAGCCCAGCCCGGCCUGUCCCUGCUCCACGCACCAAGCCUACGGUGUGCGUCGCCAGCCCAGUCCGGCCUGUCCCUGCUCCACGCACCAAGCCUACGGUGUGCGUCGCCAGCCCGGCCUGUCCCUGCUCCACGCACCAAGCCUACGGUGUGCGUCGCCAGCCCUGUCCGGCCUGUCCCUGCUCCACGCACCAAGCCUACGGUGUGCGUCGCCAGCCCAGCCGGCCUGUUCCUGCUCCACGCACCAAGCCUACGGUGUGCGUCGCCAGCCCUGUCCGGCCUGUCCAUGCUCCACGCACCAAGCCUACGGUGUGCGUCGCCAGCCCGGCCCGGCCUGUUCCUGCUCCACGCACCAAGCCAGGGGUGCGAGUCGUCAGUCCGGUGAGGCCCGUUCCUGCUACUCGCACCAAGCCAGGGGUGCGAGUCGACAGUCCGGUGAGGCCCGUUCCGGCUCCACGCACCAAGCCAGGGGUGCGCAUCGUCAGCCCGGUCCGGCCCGUUGCUGCUCCACGCACCAAGCCAGGGGUGCGAGUCGUCAGUCCGGUGAGGCCCGUUCCGGCUCCACGCACCAAGCCAGGGGUGCGUAUCGUCAGCCCGGUCCGGCCCGUUGCUGCUCCACGCACCAGGCCAGGGGUGCGCUUCGUCAGCCAGGUCCGGUCCUUUCCUGCCUCACGCACCAAGCCAGGGGUGCGCGUCGUCUGUCCGGCACAACCCGUGCCUGGGUCACCGGUGCCUAACCAGGUACCGGCCAACGGCUCCACAACGGAGCUGAAGCUAGCCGCUCCUGCUACGUCCAGGUCAGCUCCAGCCAGCGGGACCAGACCGGACCAGGGGCGCUAUAGGGGGUUUAUUGGAGGGUGGUGGACAAGCCCGGAGCCAGAACCGCCGCCGAGGAGGUAUGCCCACCCAGCCCCCCCCUGUUUCGCGUUUUUUUUUUGAGGCGCGGUCGCAGUCCGCGCCUUUAGGGGGGGGUACUGUCACACCCUGGCUAAUGGACUCUAGUUAUUGAGCCAGAGUGGGUUUGUUCUAUGUGGUGUAUAUCUAUGUUGGGGGUUCUAGUUUGUCUGUUUCUAUGUUUGCCUGAGUGACUCCCAAUCAGAGGCAACGAGUGUCAGCUGUUUGGCUGGUUGUCUCUGAUUGGGAGCCAUAUUUAACUGUCUGUGUUUCACUUUGUGUUUGUGGGUUUUUGUUCCUUGUCAGUUUUUGUCACCGUGGACUUCACGAGUCGUUUAUUGUUUUGGUUUUGUGCUUUAAUAUAAUAAAGUAUCAUGUUCGCUCAACACGCUGCGCAUUGGUCUACUUCGCGUCAAGACGAUCGUGACAGUUUCCCAUCUUCCAUUUCUCGUACCCCUCUCCAUGCUACCAUGUUGUGGGGUGACCGGUCCAAAUCUCUCCGGGUGAUCAUUGACUCUGGGGCCGCCGUGAGCUUUAUGGACGCCACCCUGGUGUCGGAGCUGGGAAUCCCUACACAACCCCUCUCCAUUCCCAUGGACGGCAGAGCGUUGGAUGGGUGCUCUAUUGGCAGAGUCACCCACACUACGUUUCCCAUUAACCUGAGAGUGUAGGGUAGUCUAUGCAGUUCCUGCCCAUUGAAUCCCCUCACGCACUCAUGGUUUUGGGGUUUUCCUGGCUCCAGAGGCACAAUCCUCUGAUCGACUGGGCUACUAGUUCUAUCCUGGGUUGGAGCCCGUUUUUAUGCCUGAAGUCGGCGCUGCCUGCCCCGGGACAUCGUCCUGCGGGCUUGGGAAAAGCCCCGGACCUCUCCGCUGUUCCCGCGGAGUACCAGGACCCCCAGGAGGUGUUCAGCAAGGCCCGUGGCCACCUCGCUUCCUCCGCAUCGGCCCUAGGACUGCGCCAUCAACAUUCUCCCGGCCUUCGCUUCGGGGGCGGCUUUAUUCCCCAUCAGGUCCGGAGACCAAGGCGAUGGAGACAUAUAUUGAGGACUCCCUGGCUGCAGGGGUAUCAGUCCUUCUGCCUUCCCCACCGGCGCAGGGUUCUUCUUUGUGGAGAAGAAGGACAAAACCCUGCGUCCGUGUAUCGACUACCGGGGCCUGAAUGACAUCACGGUUAAAAACCGUUACCUGCUUCCAUUCAUUGCCUCAGCUUUCGAGCCUCUCCAGGGGGCUACCAUCUUCUCCAAGUUGGACCUCUGGAACGCCUACCAUCUGGUAUGGAUACGGGAAGGGGAUGAGUGGAAGACCGCCUUUAACACGGCUAGCGGGCACUGCGAAUACCUGGUAAUGCCGUUCAGACUGAUCAACGCUCCUGCUGUGUUCCAGGCCCUGGUAAACGAUGUUCUCCGGGACAUGUUGAACUGGUUCUUAUUCGUCUACCUUGGGGGGGGGGGGGCUAACUGGAUGUUUGUCCCUUACACUGCCCAUUCCAUGAUUCCUCUCGACUGGCCUGCCAUCCUGGCUCCCGUCGAACCGUGGCCUUUGUAUGACAACAUUUAUGGUGGCCCAUCUUGGUUCCUGAUGUCUCCGCGUUCAUCGCCGCCUGCACCGUGUGUGCCCAGAAUAAGACUCUUCUGCAAGCUCCAGCUGGCCUCCUUCAACCACUUCCUGUCCCUCACCGUCCCUGGUCACAUACAGUGGGGAAAAAAAGUAUUUAGUCAGCCACCAAUUGUGCAAGUUCUCCCACUUAAAAAGAUGAGAGAGGCCUGUAAUUUUCAUCAUAGGUACACGUCAACUAUGACAGACAAAAUGAGAAAGAAAAAUCCAGAAAAUCACAUUGUAGGAUUUUUAAAUCAUGGUGGAAAAUAAGUAUUUGGUCAAUAACAAAAGUUUCUCAAUACUUUGUUAUAUACCCUUUGUUGGCAAUGACACAGGUCAAACGUUUUCUGUAAGUCUUCACAAGGUUUUCACACACUGUUGCUGGUAUUUUGACCCAUUCCUCCAUGCAGAUCUCCUCUAGAGCAGUGAUGUUUUGGGGCUGUCGCUGGGCAACACGGACUUUCAACUCCCUCCAAAGAUUUUCUAUGGGGUUGAGAUCUGGAGACUGGCUAGGCCACUCCAGGACCUUGAAAUGCUUCUUACGAAGCCACUCCUUUGUUGCCCGGGCGGUGUGUUUGGGAUCAUUGUCUUGCUGAAAGACCCAGCCACGUUUCAUCUUCAAUGCCCUUGCUGAUGGAAGGAGGUUUUCACUCAAAAUCUCACGAUACAUGGCCCCAUUCAUUCUUUCCUUUACACGGAUCAGUCGUCCUGGUCCCUUUGCAGAAAAACAGCCCCAAAGCAUGAUGUUUCCACCCCCAUGCUUCACAGUAGGUAUGGUGUUCUUUGGAUGCAACUCAGCAUUCUUUGUCCUCCAAACACGACGAGUUGAGUUUUUACCAAAAAGUUCUAUUUUGGUUUCAUCUGACCAUAUGACAUUCUCCCAAUCCUCUUCUGGAUCAUCCAAAUGCACUCUAGCAAACUUCAGACGGGCCUGGACAUGUACUGGCUUAAGGAGGGGGACACGUCUAGCACUGCAGGAUUUGAGUCCCUGGCGGCGUAGUGUGUUACUGAUGGUAGGCUUUGUUACUUUGGUCCCAGCUCUCUGCAGGUCAUUCACUAGGUCCUCCCGUGUGGUUCUGGGAUUUUUGCUCACCGUUCUUGUGAUCAUUUUGACCCCACAGGGUGAGAUCUUGCAUGGAGCCCCAGAUCGAGGGAGAUUAUCAGUGGUCUUGUAUGUCUUCCAUUUCCUAAUAAUUGCUCCCACAGUUGAUUUCUUCAAACCAAGCUGCUUACCUAUUGCAGAUUCAGUCUUCCCAGCCUGGGGCAGGUCUACAAUUUUGUUUCUGGUGUCCUUUGACAGCUCUUUGGUCUUGGCCAUAGUGGAGUUUGGAGUGUGACUGUUUGAGGUUGUGGACAGGUGUAUUUUAUACUGAUAACACGUUCAAACAGGUGCCAUUAAUACAGGUAACGAGUGGAGGACCGAGUAGCCUCUUAAAGAAGAAGUUACAGGUCUGUGAGAGCCAGAAAUCUUGCUUGUUUGUAGGUGACCAAAUACUUAUUUUCCACCAUAAUUUGCAAAUAAAUUCAUAAAAAAUCCUACAAUGUGAUUUUCUGGAAUUUUUUUCUCUCAAUUUGUCUGUCAUAGUUGACGUGUACCUAUGAUGAAAAUUACAGGCCUCUCUCAUCUUUUUAAGUGGGAGAACUUGCACAAUUGGUGGCUGACUAAAUACUUUUUUUCCCCACUGUAUAUCCCUGGACUUCGUCACUGGUCUCCCCCCGUCUGAUGGCAACACUGUUAUCCUUACCGUGGUGAACCGGUUUUCCAAAGCUGCCCAUUUAAUUCCUAGCUACCCUCAGCCAAGGAAACGGCCCAGCUCAUGGUACAGCACGUCUUCCGGAUCCAUGGACUUCCGAUGGACAUGGUCUCCGACCGGGAUCCUCAGUUCUCGUCCCAGUUCUGGAAGGCGUUCUGCACGCUCAUUGGGUCGUUGGCCAGCCUGUUCUCCGGGUUCCACCCCCAGUCUAACGGCCAUUCUGAGCGAGCCAAUUAGGACCUGGAGACGGCUCUUCACUGCCUUGUCUCCGCCAACCUGGAGCCAGUAGCUCGUGUGGGUAGAGUACGCCCGCAACACCCUCCCUUGCUCAGCCACUGGUCUCUCUCCUUUUGAGUGCUCCCUAGGAUAUUAGCCCCCACUCUUCCCGGACAAAGAGGAAGAGGUCAGCAUACCCUCGGCCCAGAUGUUCGUCCGCCGCUGUAGCCGUACCUGGAAGAGAGCACGGUCGGCUCUUCUCAAGACCACCUCCAGGUAUCAACGACAGGCGGACCGCCAUCGGUCCCCGUUAUCGUCUCGGGCAGAGGGUAUGGCUGUCCACUCGGGAUCUGCCCUUCCGGGUAGAGUCCCGCAAACUUUCCCCCCAUUUUAUCGGCCUUUUCCCCAUCUCCAAGAUUCUUAGCCCCUCUGCUGUUCAUCUUCUGUUUCCCCGAACCCUCCGUAUACAUCCCACUUUUCAUGUGUCUAGGAUUAAACCUAUGUCUCACAGCCCUUUGUCUCCUGUUUCCAGGAGUCAGUCAUGGUGGUCAUGUAUUCUGCCUCUGUGUACUCUCUGUUUAGGGCCAAAUAGCAUUCCAGUUUGUUCAGUUUUUUGGUAAAUUCUUUCCAAUGUGUCAAGUAAUUAUCUUGUUGUUUUCUCAUGAUUUGGUUGGGUCUAAUUGUGUUGCUGUUGCUGUCCUGGGGCUCUGUGGGGUAUGUUUGUGUUUGUGAACAGAGCCCCAGGACCAUCUUGCUUAGGGGACUCUUCUCUAGGUUAAUCUCUCUGUAGGUGAUGGCUUUGUUAUGGAAGGUUUGGGAAUCGCUUUCUUUUAGGUGGUUGUAGAAUUUAACGGCUAUUUUCUGGAUUCGGAUCAUUAGCGGGUAUCGGCCUAAUUCUGCUCUGCAUGCAUUAUUUGGUGUUUCACGUUGUACACAGAGGAUGUUUUUGCAGAAUUCUGCAUGCUGAGUCUCAAUUUGGAAUUUGUAUUUGUGGUCAUGGCAACUGGACCUUUUUUGGAACACCAUUAUUUUUGUCUUACUGAGAUUUACUGUCAGGGCCCAGGUCUGACAGAAUCUGUGCAGAAGAUCUAGGUGUUGCUGUAGGCCCUCCUUGGUUGGAUACAGAAGCACCAGAUCAUCAGCAAACAGUAGACAUUUGACUUCAGAUUCUAGUAGUGUGAGGCCGGGUGCUGCAGACUGUUCUAGUGCCCUCGCCAAUUCGUUGAUAUAUAGGUUGAAGAGGGUGGGGCUCAAGCUGCAUCUCUGUCUCACCCCACGGCCCUGUGGAAAGAAAUGUGUGUGUUUCUUGCCAAUUUUAACUUCACACUUGUUGUUUGUGUACCCUCUCUCUUAUCCUCCCUCCCUCUCCCUACCUUUUUCUCUCUCUCACCCUCCCAGGAGAGGCGUUGCACAGACAGUCAGACAGUCCCUCACCCUCCCUUUGUCCUGUCCCCUCCACUGACUGACAGGAAGCAUGACGCAACCUUUCUUUUUCCUACAGUAAAUGUGACGGAGCUGUAGACAGAGAGUGUGUGUAUGUGUGUGUGUCGGACCCUGUGUCGAGAGAGAGAGAGAGAGAGAGAGAGAGAGAGAGCGCGCUGGAAACCAUGCUGUGUGAGUAGAGGGUAGCAUCUUUUAUCUCUGUCAGUUCUCCCUCCCUCCCCUUUCCUCCCUUCUCACCUCCCUCUCGCUUUCUUUUCUCUCUUCACUUGUGUUUUCUCACUAGAUGAACCAGCAUGGUCUAGAGCAGUUUGGAACAGAGAGAAGUGUGUUUGCAUGUGUGUGCUUUUCUGUGAGUAUGCACCUGCAUAUAUCCUUUUGCGUGACGUAGAUUGUAGCCUGUGUGUCUAUGUGCUAUGUGUGUGUGUGUGUACCUGCUCUGGAUGUGUGUGUUCCUACUGAGAAGAGCUCUGUGUGUGGAGUGGAGUAGAGCACAUCGUCAGUCGCUCCAUCAGUCAGGAUGGUUCAGAGGUUCAGUCUACGCAGACAGUACUCCAAGGUAAGUCUGCUAACAGCUGUAAAGUGUCCCACUGAACUAAACGUAAUACAUUAAAUUGACUUCAUUGCGGGGACCCCCAUAUUAGUCUGGUCAUUGGGGACAUGUGACAGUAUACGUUUAGUACCUGCUAUCUGUGAGGUCAUGGAAAAGUUGUGUCUCUCACUCGUUCUGAGUCGAUAUGUUAUUUAAUCUGUCAUGUAAAAGCAAGUGUUCUUCUCUAUGAUACUUCAAAUUAAAUCUAGUGGUUAUUUCAAGUGUAUACUUUCAAAAUGCUUGUACAUCUGUAGUUGCUGAAUGUCUCUCUCUUUUGCCCAUCAUUUUCAGUUAAUCUGUCCAAAGAAAAUCUGUCUCAUCACUGUGUUGAUUCUGUCCGUGUCGUCUGUCUGUCUGUCUGUGUCUCUCUCUCGCUCUCUCUCAAAUUCAUUAUGGUUUAAUGGCAUGAAUGACAAGGUCAAUGUUGACAAAGCAAAGUGAUACAAAUAAAAAUGAUGAAAGCAACAAUGACAGCAAUAAGAAUAGUAGCUAUAAUACUAAAGAAAAAGAUAUACACUGAGUGUACAACACAUUACAAUACAAUUCUACGUGUUUAUGUUUCCUCCCUUAGCUUGUGGCAAGCUGUGACAUACUGUGCUGCCAACUCUAUAACAUCAGACCUUUUCCCCAAAAGUAUACCAAGUUUCUCUUUGUUGGAUUGUUCUGUGAAUGUAGAACUUUUCAUUUGGAAUUUGGAAAAUAAGGAAUCUCUAAUUAAUAUAUAUUUGGGGCAGGUGAUUAGAAAGUGUUCUUCACUUUCUAUCUCUCCUGACCAACAGUGAUGACAUAGUCUGUCCUUUCUGGCGAACCGUGUUUUUUGAUGGUGUCCGGUUUAUAUUUCCAGGCUAUUAUAACUCAUUCAGUAAUUGGUUAAGGUUUUUAUUUGUUUGUGGUCUUUUACACGGGUUAAUUAUUCAGCUAAAGUCAAGUCUCUUUCCAAUGUUCGGUAGCAUUCAAUUUCUCUCUGACCUUCGACCUCACUGCGCCAAUAGUUGAUGUAUGCGUUCGUAUUAUUCACCAGAACACACACACACACACAUUGUCUAAGAACACACACACACACACACACACACAUUGUCUAGCAGGAUGGCCUGUAGCUGAGGAUUCCACAUUGAUCGAGUGGAGGGUCUGGUCUCUCACUUGAGCUGUUGGGGAGUGAGGGAUGGGUAGGGGUAGAGAGAUGGAGGGAAGGGGAGGGUUGGGGCAGAGCAUUAUGGGGAGGUUUGUAAGGAAAAAGGGGUCGCUUUGGGAGGGGGCUGGGAGGGGGUCUCUGUAUUAUUGAGUGGAGAUGCAAAGGCAGUCUUACCUUGAGGGGAGAACCUCCCUCUGACAGCAGUAAGUCCUUUGUGUGUGGUGGGGUAAAGCCUCCUCAGGGCCUUUCUGAAGAUGUCUGUUCAUCCCUCCCCUCAGAGAGCUACGGGAUUAUAUUAUCCUCCCCUCCUCCUUCCAGUCCCUCCUCCGGCUCCUCUUAGGCCACUUCUCCACCUGCUACUCUCUCCUCAACCACACAUUUUAUUCUACUCUGUUAUUCCUCAAUGUCUCCGUGAGAACAUGCAGUACGAUAGACAUACAUAAAUAUCUGCAGUUUUGGUAUCAUGCAAUCAUAUCCAGGAGUAAAAAGCACUUAAUAUUCAGGAGUAAUAAGGUCCAGCUAUUUUCACCUACACACACACACACACACACACAUUGACACCUGCCCUCUUUCUAAAAGCCUGUAGAUGCUGGUUAAAUAAACAAGGGCAUGUACUCUCUCUGUUUACCUACAAUAUUAUUAGAAAGACAGAACAUGAUGUCCAUAACUACAGGUCUGGUGCUUUGUAUUGUUUUGGAUGGAUGCAUCGUCUUUGUCAUGCUGGUAGAAAGGGUUGAUUGGAACUGGUCAUUGAGGGCCUCAGUGUGCACAGGGUUUUGUUCUUGCCUAGCUACAACACACCUGAUUCAGCUAAGCAAUGUACUAUAUCGCCACAUGCUUGAUUAGCUAGAGCUGGUGUGUUAGUGCAGGGCUGGAACAAAAGCCUGCACAUGCCACACCCUGGUCUGCAGCUUUGGAGGACCAGUAUUACUGCCAUUGUUGACCUUUGUGUUUAUGACAGGCAAACACACACUCAUCAAACAGCAGAGUUUCGAUUUGAGUUUCAGCAGACAUACACAAGGAUGAGGUGUGUGUUUUGCAGUCCAUGUGACCUGUGACCAGGACAUGAUGUAAUCCAUUGUUGUGUCAUUUCAAUUAAACUGCAGUGUGUGUGUUAUUGCUGUUUCUGCAGACCUCGAUAAAUUAAGGUCAGGUGAAGGUUGGAUAGAUAAAAACAAGUGUGCUUGUGCUGUGCAUGUGUGUGAUGUGGCCACUGUCAUCACCCCAGUCUGCAUUAGUGGUUGAAAGCUGUUGUUAGUUGAUGUAACCUCUCCAACCCACAGUAUUUACAGUUAAAGGGAUACGUUUAGGCAGAGUUCUGUAGUGGGCUGGCGAAACACUAAGCCACAUGGUUUUGUGGUUUGUUGUUUUUGCUGAGCCUAGAUUCUUCUCAUCAGAGAAAUAGUAAGAUACACUUUAUCCUUAUCUGGGUUCAUGCCUGCUCUCCUACCUCCCUCUUUACUCUCAGGCAUUUUCUUUACUUGUCCUCUUUUCUCUCUCCCCUCUUCUGCCUUCUCUCUUUCAUUCUCAAACAAACAGACUUCUAUCACUCCCAUGUUGGAUUAAGAAUGUUAACCCUUUACACUCUUGGGAAUUGGCCUAUAUGAAUAGGACUAAAUUAAAUAUUUCUUACAGAAUAAAUAUGAAAUGCAUAAGCAUGGUAGCAAUUGAAAGGGAACAGUUUGGAGAUUAUGGGAAAAUUAUUAGAUCAAAGUUCAGGACACAACAGUUCACCUGACACAAGACUGAAUCCAAACAUUACACUGUUGAUUUUAUGUGUAUUUUCGCCGCAUUUGUUGAGAACGAAAUCUGAAAAUAUUAUGGAUACCUUCAGUAACAUGAUAAGAAUAUUCCUGGAAAAUGUGGGGUAGGUGCAACAUAAGACAACAAAAAGGGUUUGACUGAGAGGACUAAGUGGUGUCUCCAAGUGGCCACACACCUCUCCAACGUGUGCAGUUCCUAAGUAAUUUCAAUGCACUUUUAUGACUCAAAGAAGAGUCUUCAAGGAACUAGAGCAAACACACUUGUAGUUGUUUUGUUUGGAACAUAACCCUGUUGUUUUUUACACAAUCCAAAAACAGCCCAUUUUAAAUUGCAAUCUGGGUCAAGUGGGCAUCAAUUGAAAGCUUGUUCUAUUGCCAACAUGACUAGCUAAGUUAUAAAAUACGACCUUACAGUGUUAGGCUUUCAAGGCAUUUCAGAGAAACAGAUCAUAAUUUUUGUGCGCAUAGAAAGGAGUUAUUAGUGAAUGCAGAUGUGUGUUCCGCUGCGAAUCUUCUUCACAAUAGACACACAUUGGCUGAUUCUGUUCAGAACAACCCAGGGUAUGACGCCACUACUAAUGUUUUUCAGCUAUAUAUCUUAUAACUAUUAGGUUAUCUAAGAUGUGCCAAAUAAAUCCUCUCUAGCUGGGUUUUGCUAACUUGCUAAUGUUAGCUAAGUGGCUAACAUUAGCUUGGUAACAGCUGCAGAGACAAUCCCCUUGUGGAUUAAGAUCCCUGCUGUCUAAUAUUUGUUUUGUGCAUGCUGCAAAUUGCAUUUUGAGAUACUUUGCAGAACUUUAUGAGCUGGGUUGGCUGACAUUUUGCUAGCAUUCUGGUAACUGAUGUUUUGGGAGCUUUUUGUUUAGCUUGAAAAAAGAAUAGCGUCCCUUGUGUGCACUGCCAGUAAUACUGGAUAUCCCGGGAUGGCACAGGCUUAGUAUGAAGGUAUGGAAAUCUGGAUACCGCCCAACCCUAAUGUGUGUGCAUGUGUGUGUGUGUGUGUGUCAUCCGCUCUCUGAUCUCUGUGUGAGAAUGACACUCAGCUGUUUCCUCUUUCCUGUGGUGGAAGUGUAGAUGUGCUGGUUCCACAGUCAGUGUUACAGUCCUAUCAUAUCUCCACAGAGCACAACACUGAGCAGUGUAUGAAGCAGCAGAGGAAACGUUGUAGUACAGGGUUUCCCAACCACCGGGCCCCGGACUGGUACCGGGCCGCGUAG